AUGGCUGAGGCGCGCAGUGCUGCCGCCCUAUCGUUCGCCGUUACUCACGACGGAGUAUCUGUGAGCUAUGACCAAGAACUGCUCCGAGAUAUUUGGCAUGGAAUUAGUCGCUCCUAUAAGCGAAGAGUCGGACGAUUCAAGAAUGACUUUGUUAAUGGAAUGUUUCCUGCGAACUCGUGGACGCUUGGACUGGUUGUAGCCGCGGUUGCCAUAUUUUCUGUGCUCAAACACGAUUUGUCAUACGGGAUUCUACCAUUUUUACAGGACUAUAUUGUACAUUAUAUAUUUGGUGAUGGGUACCUUGGACAGAGUAUAUCCAUUUUGGUUGCUGGCGCUUUGACUUGGUUGAUUUUUGUGCAAACUCUUCGACUGAGCAUUAAAAUGUUGUUGGAAUACAAAGGAUGGAUGUAUGAAUCGCCAGGAAAACCGGUUUCGAAGCCUACGAAAAUUUGGCUUGCUAUUCUUCAUAUUAUCUCGAAGGCCGGUCCGAUGCUUCACUCAUUUCAAGGGGCUCUACCGAGAUUGCCACUUCCAAAGUUGGAUGAUACAAUCAGGAAGCAUUUGCUCUCGAUGCGACCAAUAUUGGAUGACGAGGAGUACGAAGAGCUUGAAUUCUUAAGUGAAAGAUUCAGAAAAGGUGUUGGUCGUCGUCUUCAACGAUAUUUGACAUUGAAAUCAUGGUUUAGCACAAACUAUGUGACCGAUUGGUGGGAGGAGUUUGUCUAUAUGCGUCAGCGAAGUCCGAUUAUGAUUAACAGCAACUACUAUGGAUUUGUAAGAUUUAAUAUUUGA